AUGGCGGAUGUUGGAGAUAAGAUAAGAUUGAUGACCUCCUUGCUCUCUUCAGGUGUUGAAGUCGUUCGUCAUCAUCUCCCUCUUUCACCACGUUGGCAUACAAUGUCGACGAAGAACACCUGGGACGUGAGCUUUCUACAAGGACAAUCGGGCUUUAACGCCGCUAAACACGCCUUAAUAAUUCUGAACCAACCAUUUUUGCGGCCACUCUUAGAUCGACUCUGGGCUUCGACAGAAUGGCAUUGUUGCGCCGACGGAGGGGCCAACCGUCUCCACGAUAGCUUUCUGGACCCUAAAGAGCGCCUAAGAUACAUUCCAGACCUGAUCAAAGGCGACUUGGACUCGAUAAGGCCAGAGGUGCGGAGGUUCUACGAAUCCCUUGGUGUACCAGUGGUAGAGGACGAUGAUCAGGACUCGACGGAUUUAAUGAAAUGUGUCGUCGCGCUAGAGGAGAAGGAGUACCGGGAAGAGGUUUCGCAGUACCAUGUCGUUCUUCUGGGAGGUUUAUCGGGCCGUUUAGACCAGACGAUCCACACACUUUCCUAUUUACACAAGCUUCGCAAGAGACGCGACCGUGUGUUCGCCGUAACGGACGACAAUGUCGGCUGGGUCCUGGAUUCUGGUGAACAUGACAUUCAAAUCGACCACAAUAUUCUCGGGAAAACUUGUGGACUUCUACCUGUCGGCAUAGAAUCUACGAUCCUCUCGACUUCUGGGCUUCGAUGGAACCUGACUGAUCAUCCAUCGUCUUUUGACGGCAUGGUGUCGACUUCGAACCACCUGGUCCCGGAGGAGCAAGUGGUCUGGAUAAAGACUUCAAAGCCAAUUUGGUGGACAGUAGAGUUGAAACAUAUCGACAAUACAACUCUCUUGCGCAAUGGAAUUUGUCGGUGA